CACAAAGCUGAGCUUUAAAAGCACGAUAAGUAACUCGAAUUAUUAAAGUGUCUAAAAGUCUUCUAUUUGGUAGCUUUAUCACUCAAAUAAAGUAAAUGUAGUUAGAAAAUAAAAAGAGAAGCUCUAUUUAUUUGUUCAACAGCCUCCGUUUAGCUUUGAAAACUGUUUGGUUGCCGAUAGCAACGAGAGGGCGUUACCAAUUUGACGGACAGCUUCAAGAGACAAUCAGCGCUUUUUCAUAAAAUGAAACUGGAGUCGUCUUACAGCGUUAUCCGAAACCUUGACGCUUUUGUCAGGUGAACUUGCCUCCUGGCCGACAUCGCACACAUUCCUCAAGUCAAAUUGAACGCUAACAGUUAUGAUGGAGUCAAGCCAUUUACAUGGCGUACAUGAGACAGACCCCAACUCUACAUGGGUCAACCAGUUUCAAUCAAUGGAAGUAGACAGUGUGGAGUGUCUCAGAAGAAGAAUCAAAUAUUACUUCAUGAAUCCUUGUGAAAAGUACCAUGCUCGUGGACGGAAACCAUGGAAACUUCUCCUGCAGAUCAUUAAAAUAGCCAUUAUCACAGUCCAGUUGGUGUCGUUUGGGCUGAGCAACCAAAUGGUUGUAACUUUUAAGGAAGAAAACGUCCUGGCAUUUCAGCAUAUUUUCUUGAAAGAUUUUGUCGAUGGGGGAAUCGCUACAUAUGCUCUUUACAAACAAGAAGAUGUUUAUGAUCACAUAAGAUAUGUAAUUGAACAGUAUAGACAUCUGCACAACACAACAGUAGGAAACCAUGAAUAUGAAAAAAAUGGCUCUGCCUACACACCCUUGUCUCUGUGCCAGGAGUUCUACAGAAAUGGCAGCAUCUACCCUGGCAACGACACUUUUGAAAUUGAUGCAAAUGUGGAAACGGAUUGCAUUGACAUCUAUCCAAUGAAUCGGUCGUCAUCGCCAGAGGUUGUCCCACAGUUUGAGUUGGACUUUAAAAGAAUGCUCUCAAUCAAAAUCUCAUUCGCUCUCAAAGCCAUCAAUUUACAGACAGUCAGACACAGAGAGCUGCCAGACUGCUAUGAAUUCAACAUCCUUAUCACUUUCAACAACGGAGCACACAGUGGCAGGAUAAAGGUGGACCUCGAAAAUGAUGUUGAGAUCAAUGAGUGCAAGGACUGGAAAGUAACCGGAGCAUCUGCCAAAAGCAUAUAUUUGACCCUGAUGUUUGACUGCCUUAUCAUCAUAACAUGCAUUACUUCCUUCGCUCUCUGCUUACGCUCAGUGUUCAGUGGGAUUCAGCUGCAGUUUGAAUACACACACUACUACCAAAACCAGAGUGGGAAAGAUGUGCCCUGGUCUGACAGGCUGGAGUUUGUUAAUGGCUGGUACAUCCUGAUCAUUGCCAGUGACUUGUUAACUAUCACUGGCUCUAUUCUAAAGAUUGAUAUUCAAACUAAGGUCCUGACAAGCUAUGAUGUGUGCAGCAUCUUUCUUGGUAUUGGCACCAUGUUUGUUUGGAUUGGGGUCAUCCGCUACAUGGGCUAUUUUCGCAAGUACAAUAUCCUCAUCUUGACUCUCAGGGCAGCUUUUCCAAAUGUGAUUCGUUUCAUCUGCUGUGCUGGAAUAAUCUACCUGAGUUACUGCUUUUGUGGAUGGAUUGUCCUUGGCCCAUAUCAUGAGAAGUUCCGUACCUUGAAUACUGUAUCUGAGUGCCUAUUCUCCCUGAUCAAUGGAGAUGAUAUGUUUCCCACCUUUAAAAAUAUGAAACAGAAGAGCAGCCUGAUUUGGAUGUUCAGCAGGGUCUACCUAUAUACCUUUGUCUCCCUGUUCAUCUACAUGAUCCUCAGUCUAUUCAUCACUAUCAUCACAAACACCUACGACACCAUCAAGCAACAGCAAAUGAGUGGGAUUCCUACAUCUGAACUCCAGCGAUUCCUUUCAGAGUGCAAAGACCUCCCAAACUCUGGAGUUUACAGACUUGACAAGAAUAGUUGCUUCUUGCAGUGCUGCAUGAACAAGUGCAAAGAGCAUCACGAGAGGUUGACUUCAAAUGAAUAGUGUAUCCAAAUUAUUGAAAAUUACAGUAAGUGAAGAAAAUCCCUUUUUAGGUUUGCAAAAUUGUGAAUAAGCAAGGAGAACAACACUACAUGAAACAUUUGUCACGUUUGCACAAUGAAGGUAAAACUCAUUUUGUUCAUUUUGUUUUUGAAUACAAGGAAAACAAGAUGUGUAAAAUAAACAUUUGUCCAGAUGCUAUUUCAGUAUUUUCAAUGAAAUGUAAAAACUGUAAAAAGCUGUAUUGGUAUGUAGCAAAAGAUUCCCCUUUAAAUUUUGUAACGCUACUACUAAAUGUCACUUUGAAUGCUUGAGUUGAGAUUUGCACAUAAGGAAUCAUUGAAUACAUAAGAAUAAAAUGAUUUUAUUUUU